AUGCUAGCACAAAGACGGUUAGGAAAACUGUUACUGUUACUUGCAUCUGCCUGAGCAACCACCAUUGCUUAUCCUGAGCUUUGCCAACCAAAUGCACAGAAUGCUUUCAAAGUACGGCUUAGUAUCAAAACAGCUCUAAAAGAAAAUGCAUAUAGCUGGGAUGCUACUAAAGAAUACCUAUUUAAAGCAGUGUUAGCUUAUGCAAUGAGAAGAUAUUUGAUUCAAGAAACAACCCAAAUUUCUAAUGUAUUGCUCUGCAAUGUUACCAGCCGGGUAUGAUUUUGGUUUGUAGUCACAAAUUCAUUCAUAAAUAUAACAACUAUUCCCAGGAAUGAUGUGGAGGCCGCCAUAAGAUAAUAUACCCGGCAUAUAUCGCUGGCAUUUUUUCUUCAAAAAAAAACUUGAUAUCAACUUUAACUCUCAUCAACUUUAACUCCACCAGCUGAGCAAUCUCUGCCCAUUUGGCUGAUUGUAUUUGGGGUUAUUCUUUGCAUCAUUGUGAUUGGGAUUGUUUUAGUCAUAUCUUUUGGGAUUUAUCACCGCAAGAAACUUAAAAAUGUUGAAGAAACAGAAGAUUUAGAUGAUAAAUAUAAAGCAGCCACAACAAUGGAAAAUAGAAUUCCCUGUCAUACUUUAGAUUUUAAAGCUGGCCAGAUUAAUGGAGUCUAUGCAGCAGCCGAUGAAGAUCGGUUUACGUCCUUAUGAAUAUAAAAGGAUGCUGUUUCUUGGUCUCUUUCUGAGACUCUGACCUCCUUUUAU